AUGAGAGCAUUUCUGGCAAGGCCAGCAAUUAUUACUGAUCCUGGUUAUCCUGAGAAUGUGCUUGUUUUCAACCAUCAUCUUAACUUGGAUCAGUUCAUUACAACCACUUGGCUUACAGGGCACCAGGGAAUGAUGGAGAGUGUGUGGUAUGGAACAUCUAAACUAUUAAAAUAUAUGACUGAUGAGAGGUUGAGAAUGAUUAAAUUUCUGGCAAAUAAAGCAAUCAAGGAGAAGAAAAUUUUUACAAUCAUUGGCUACUAUCCAGAAAUUAGAGCAAGCUUAAGGAAACGAGGCUGGGCAGAAAGAAUAUUUCCACCGUUGAAGGACGUGGAACAGCAAGUGGACGUUGGCGAUGCGUCCAGGCAACAAGUUGUCAAGAUGUGGAUUACAAAGCAGUUAACAAAAAGGGAAAAUAAUUCUCAGGACAAUCAGACAGAUAAUGGAAUUGUACAGCUUCAGGAAAGAGAACAUUUUCACUACAGUUUGAGUGAUCCAGACAACAUUCAUUGUUUAGUGUCAAAACUGAUUGCGAAAGAAAUCCCUUACUUCAUCUGGACAGUAAGAAGAAAUAUAAUCGACGGUCGCUCUUUGCGCAAACAUCAGAUGAUGAAUCAUUAUGGCAGGCAUGCGUCUUUUACAACCAAAGCUGGACUCUGCACAAAUCUGAGGAAAUUGCCUUCACUUCUGGAUGAGAACCCUGACACUUUCUUUCCCCGCUGCUACCUUCUUUCUGAUGAGAAUGAAGAACGUGCCCUCUGCAAUGACUUCAGGCUUACUUGUGCAAUCAGUGUACUGAAAUGGGUGAUUUGCAAUCCUGCAAGUGAUAAAUCAAAUCCAAGUAAGGGAAGGAUGAGACUGUCAGAAGCCAGCCGGACAGGCUCGGGAAGACAUUGCAAGAGGGUUUGCCGUCUGUCCACUGAGCUGAUAGAAAUGGCCAUCGAUGUGUGUGAAGAUUUUGUGCAAAACCAGAAACUCAAUGGAAAUGAUGAUAAAGAAGAGAACCCAGUGACCCCAAGUGAAGAACUGUGGGAAGAUCUAAUUGAACAACACCACUGCCUUAUUCACCAUCAAGCAACAAUGCCCGGUUCUCACCAUUACUUAGUCCGUUGCCAGAAUCUUCUCAACAGCCUUAAGUCUGUUUAUCCUCAGUUGGAAGUAGAGGGCAUCAGAAAUAUCUGGAUCAUUAAGCCGGCAGCAAAGUCGCGGGGUAGAGGUAUAAAGUGCGUCGACAGCCUGGAUGAUCUCCUGGAACUCAAGGAGAUUGACCCCUCCUUUGUAACCCCCAAGUGGGUGGUACAGAAGUACAUUGAGAAGCCCCGUUUGAUUUACGACACCAAAUUCGACAUCAGACUCUGGUUCCUUGUUACGAGCUGGAAUCCACUAACAGUAUGGUUCUACAAAGACUGCUACUUAAGAUUUUCCACACAGCCCUUCACACUGGAGAAUCUUGACAGUUCUAUCCAUCUUUGCAACAAUGCCAUUCAGCAGAAAUUAAAACCAGCCAUUGAGCGGAACCCAUUAAUACCGAAAGAGAGCAUGUGGUCAAGUGACGAAUUCCAAGACUAUUUGAAAAUUAAAGGUGAUGACAACAUUUGGAAGGAACUUAUCUACCCUUCUAUGAAAAAAGCCAUAAUUUGUAGUUUGAUAACAGUUCAGUCUAAUGUAGAAGAACGCAAGAGCAAUUUUGGACUAUAUGGCGCUGAUUUCUUGCUAGGAGAAGACUUUAAACCAUGGUUAAUUGAGAUCAACUUAAGUCCAAGUAUGGCAUGUUCCACUUCUGUUACUUCUCUGCUCUGUGCAAAUGUACAGGAAGAUACCAUUAAAGUGGUCAUCGACAGAAGAUAUAACAGCAAGUGCAACACUGGUCAGUUUGAAUGUCUAUCGAAGCAGGUGAGUGUAUCCAAGCUCCAUCAUGCUGUUUCUUCCAAACAAGUAUUAUUGAGAGUGAGAGCAAUGUUUCCUGAUGACGGCAGAUGUAUGAGCUCAAUCAUAUGCAUUGAAAUGGAGAACACAGUAUAG